AUGUUAGGAACUUGUUCCCAAUGCAAAAGUUUGGUUGAACAUGAACUUGCACAUGUGUUAACUGUCAGUGAUUAUGAUGAAGGGAAAAGAAUUGUCUGGAAACAAUGGGUUGACAUUGAAAAAAGGCCAAAACAAGUUGAGCACAGCGGUACUGUAAAAGAUGUAAUUUGUGAAAUAAAAAAACAAUUGCCUACAUUUAGAGUUCAUUGCUAUAUCAAAAAUGUGCAAUCAGAAGAAUUUGAAGCAAGGAGACUUGAAAAUAAUCCAAAGUCAGGAACUCUGCAGAUUGAUUUUGCAGAAAACUUUUCCUUGAUUUCACAGGAUGAGAUACAGUCCGCACAUUGGUCUCAUCAACAGGUAACUUUAUUUACAGCUUGUGUUUGGACUGGUAGUGCAACUUCCUCAUACACCAUUGUGAGUGAUGAUUUAUCACAUCAAAAACUCAGCAUUAAAGUUUUUCUGUAUAGAAUAAUUGAAGAUAUUCUCAAGAGGUUCCCUAAUCUGGAAAAACUGUCAAUAUUCUCUGAUGGUCCCUCAUCUCAAUUCAAAAACAAAUAUACAGCUGGACUCUUGUGCUCAAUGCAAAAACAUUUCAAAAUUGACUUUGACUGGUUGUUUUUCGCCACUUCCCAUGGAAAAGGCUCUGUUGAUGGGAUAGGGGGCGCCAUAAAGCACCGAGUAUGGAUCAAAAUCAAAUCAAGACAAAGAACAAUUUCAAAUCCCUUUGAGUUUUAUGAAUGUGCUAAAGAAGAAAUAAAAGGGACACAUAUUAUCUUUCUGCCUGAAGAAGAUGUACAAAAUCAUGCCCAGGAAAUGGAAAAAAAAUGGGCAGACAUAAAGUCUAUUCCUGACAUUCGGCAAUGCCACUACUUUAUGCCUUAUGACUCUACGAGCAUACUUGUUGCACGGACUGCAAAAUCGUUAAUGACUAAACACAUUAUUUCCAAAGAAGCGGAAGAAGACCUCUCAAGGCAAUUAGAUUUAAAACAGAGGCGCCUACGCUAUGAGGAUGUCUAUUCCUCGUCUGAUUCUGAUGAUGACAAAAUGUGUACACCUACUGCACUACCAGUUGGUGAAGAGACAGUUGUAGGAUCAUGGGUUGGAGUGAUAUAUGACAGCCAAUGGUAUCCAGGGAUUGUUGAAAAUAAAUCGGAGAAAGACAUAACUGUCUCAUUCAUGGCCAGAGUGGGCCAAAGAUUCUUUUGGCCAUCAAAGCCUGAUAUCCAAACACUGCAUCAUGUCAAUAUAAUGUGCAGGAUCAAGGAACCGCCACACCCAGUAUCAAAUCGUCAUUUUGAAAUCAAUGGAGUAUCCCUAUACGAUGAGAUUUUCAAAAAACUGAAUGUUUAGUUUGCCUAGCCUACUCUUCAUUAUGUUUAGUAGCAUUAUUAAGUAGCAUUAAAAUUUGAAGUAGUUAGAAUUACUUCAUUGAUAAAUUUUCAUUAAUAUUUUAGUGUAACUUAUAUUAAUUAUUCAUUAAUAUUUAAGUUAAUUGAAGGAAAACCUAUUAUAAUAAGUUAAAUAAAUAUAUUUCACAUUCAUCACAGUCUAUGUUUUAUUUCUUAACAAAUAAAUGAAGGGGAUGUUAGGAAUAUUUCACAUAGGUCCCGUACGGAACCAGUAGGUGUCCCAUACGGAACUGUUUAUUUUAAUUUAUACCAUUUUAUUUUCAAACAGAGUAUUGAACAAAUAAGCAUAACUACAAAAAUUGAAGUCUUAGGAAUCAAAGUGUAUAAUUACAGUAGGAAAUGUUUAAAAACAUCACAGAAUUUUUAAGUUAAUGCUUAAGUUGCACAGAUAGGAGCUAAAUGUUGUCCCGUACAGAACCGUGGAUUGAACCAGUUUUACACUGAAACUAGUCAAGUUAAGUCUUUGAAAUUAAUUGAGCAAAGUAAUCUGUUUGUUUUUCACCUAAGUCUAUUUAAUUUAUAGCUUUCAAUUGAAUUGUUAAAAAAUCUCAGCAAGUUUUGUUCAACAAUGCAUAGUCUAAAUGUCCCGUACGGAACCUGGAAUGGCUGAUAUAA